UCUAUUCAGUUCAUCCUUCUAUUGACCAUGGAAACAGACUGUCCGUCGGUGUAUGGCUCGCGGUAUGCAUCGCAAGGCAUGCCCUGCAAGUUGCCUGAUCAUGAGAUGCCGAGAGAUGUUGCGUAUCGCAUGAUCAAGGAUGAUCUCAUCCAGGACACCAUCCCGAUGCUGAAUCUGGCCAGUUUCGUCACCACAUACAUGGAAGAUGAAGCGGAAAAGCUCAUCAUGGAGGCCAGCAGCAAGAACUUCAUCGACCACGAGGAAUACCCCAAAUCCGUCGAGAUCGAGAGCCGGUGCCUGUCCAUCCUGGCCGACCUGUUCCACGCUCCCACGGGGGCCAACGGCCGCACCGCGGCCGUGGGCACGUCGACCAUCGGGUCAUCGGAAGCCAUCAUGCUGGCCGUGCUGGCGAUGAAGAAACGGUGGCAAAAGGCGCGCCGGGCAGCCAACAAGGACGCCUCACGCCCGAACAUCGUCAUGAGCUCGGCGGUGCAGGUUUGCUGGGAGAAGGCGGCGCUGUACUUUGAGAUCGAGGAGCGCUGUGUGCCCGUGGCCGAGAACCGGUACGUGAUUGAUCCUGCGCAGGCCGUGAAUCUCGUCGACGAGAACACCAUCGGCAUCUGUGCCAUCCUGGGCACGACGUACACGGGGCAGUACGAGGAUGUCAAGGCCAUCAACGACCUGCUCGUCGCCCAGAAUCUCGACGUGCCGAUCCAUGUCGACGCCGCGAGUGGCGGCUUUGUCGCGCCGUUUGUCAACGAGAGUCUGGUCUGGGACUUUCGCCUGCCCAAGGUGGCUUCGAUCAAUGUAUCUGGGCAUAAAUAUGGGUUGGUAUAUCCCGGCAUUGGAUGGGCGCUCUGGAGAAGCAUCGAGCAUCUGCCCAAAGAACUGGUCUUCAACAUCAACUACCUCGGUGCCGAUCAGCUCAACUUCACCCUCAACUUCUCCAAACCCGCCUCGCACAUCAUCGGCCAGUACUACCAGAUGAUUCGCCUGGGCCGGCGUGGCUUCACGGCCAUCAUGACCAACCUGACGCGCGCCGCAGACUAUCUGGCCGCCCGACUGCGCGACCUGGGCUUCAUCAUCAUGAGCGACGGGAAGGGCGAUGGCCUCCCCCUCGUCGCCUUCCGGCUGAGUCCCACCCAGGCGAUGCUGUACGACGAGUACGCCGUGUCGCGCAAGCUGCGUGAGCGUGGCUGGAUCGUGCCCGCGUACACCAUGGCGGCGGACUGCCAGCGCAUGAGCAUGAUGCGGGUCGUCGUGCGCGAAGAGUUCUCCCAGGGCCGUUGUGACGCUCUCGUCAGAGAUAUCCAGAUGGCUAUCCAGGCCUUGACCCAGCAGGAGAUCCAGAACAUCGGCCGCUACCAGGCGUGA